GUUAUGGACACUAUUUACAAUUUACAAAAUGGCGAGCACCAUCAUCUCAGCGAAAUACCCACCUAACAUCGACCCAACCAGAACUCCUUUAGCAUAUGGAGAUCGUGCAAUUCCACGAUUAAAUCGUGAACUGAAUGAUGAAAAUCUCAUAGUGAGACAAAGAGCUGUGAUGUCUCUGUGUGACCACCUGCAUGAUCCAGAGCAUAUUGCUGAGGCGCUCAGGAAUGGUAUUGGAGUCAGCUUGAAAAACUUGCUGAAAGAUGACGAUAUAACAGUUCGCCAAAAAGCUACUGAAUGUCUUUUUGUCAUGGCUGGUCAUGCACUUGGUAGAGAUUCUUUCCUCGAGAAUGAAACCAUUUAUCCAGUCGCUCGACUUUUUGAUGACUCGGAGGACAUUGCCAGAAAGAAUGCUCACCUCUGUGUCAUGAGAAUUUCUGAGACACCCCCAGGCGCUGAGGGCAUUGUGCAAGCUCAGUUUGUUCAAGUUCUGGUGAAGAAGUUGCAGACAGAACUGAAUGAAAUCAAGGAACUCAUUCUUGACACCCUUCACUUUUGCAUGCGAGUUGACACGCAAAGUGCUCUUGAUGCCAGCGCAAUGGAAGCUUUCACCAGUCUUCUGAAGCAUGAACUUCCUGUUAUUCGUGCCAAAGCUGCCAGGGAUAUAAUGGAUCUCAGUGUGCCACUGGCUGGAAAGGACCGUGCCGUUGCAUGUGGUGCUCUUCCUCUUCUCAGAGACAUGCUCAAGGACCCAACAAUGGAAGUGAGAGCAAAUUCUGCUGGAGCUAUCAUGACAAUCACCAUCACCACUAAGGGCAAAUAUACAGCAAUCCACGCCGUCUCUAUUCCUCCUCUGGUGGACCUGGUGGAUGACGUCAACAGCGAAGUCAGGCUCAAUGCCAUCAAGGCUCUGACAUGUCUCUCUGAGGCCCCUGAGGGUAGACAAGAACUGCUGAAACAUGUUGACAAGAUUCGGAAACAUGAAACAGACCACAUACCAGCAGUGGGGAAGGCUGCUGAGAUUGCAGUCAAAGUAAUCACCUGGCUACCUUAGUUUUAAGGAAUUCUAUGUUUGAUGAAGGAUAAAUCUCAUGUGAACAAGGCCUAACACCGAAAUUUGACCAACCAGGAACAGGCACAUGAGCCAAGCAAAAAAAUGUCGGCUCAAGUACGUUGUAGCAACGAGAAAUUAUCUUAAACAAUCAAAUCUGAUGCUUUUCUGAAUUUAAUAGUAUCCUUGCAUGGGAAAGUUGGUCAAUUUUGGAAAUAUUUGCACAAUAAAAUGUAUACACCCGGUAUUGUCAUCUGGAAAUGUUCUACUGUUUUGCAUUUUCACUACAGAAUACAAUAACUGAUUACUACAAGUACAAGCUGACUUUGUCUUUUCUAAUUCUUUUUUCUCUAUAAAGACUGCACUUUUUGAACAUUUUGUGUCAAGAGGCUGCUUAUGUCCACAAAGUGUCAAAAGUACUAUAUCUUUUUGUCAAAAUCUUUUGUGAGGCAUAAUAGAGGAAUCGGGCACUAGUCAAAAUAAUGAAAUCAAAGAAACUGGUAUUUUUCUGUCUGUUCGGCAGUUUUUGUCGAUUUUUUGUUUUU